AAAGAGAUUUUAUGAGUCAAAAUGUUGCAGCUGUUGACUACACGUACUUUUAACAUGUCCCCUGUAUGCAACCGCGGACUGGCCGAAAGCAAAGCUACUCAGGUUCUCCCUUUGAAAACCUUCGUUGCGGUACGAGGCAGAUGUCAAGGAUCGUGGCAGGUGAAAGUGCCAUUCCACACUCGUGGCCUUGGCAGGUAGAACUUCUUAUCAAGGAUAAAGCUAGCGGACAGUUCAUCUUUAAAUGUGGUGGGACACUGAUUACACCUUUCUUCAUUGUGACAGCUGCCCAUUGUGUUUUUGGUGUUCCCUUUCCAGAAUCAUAUGAAGUUCGACUCGGUGUUCACGAUCGUUCAGUGUCAGAUCAAGUGCAGAGUAUAAGUGUUUCAGAGAUUCACAUCAACAAAUUAGCCAUGACAAAGGGGUACGGCAAUGAUAUUGCACUAUUAAAGCUCUCUCGUCCAGCAGCUCUUAAUGCAAGAGUUGGUCUGGCUUGUAUGCCAAGUGGAAAAAAGACAGACCAUGUUAAGCCAGGCACAAUGUGCUAUAUCACAGGAUGGGGUAGUUCUACUUUCCAAGGCAGCAAAUCUCAAAUCCUUAUGCAAGCUAAGUUGCCCAUUGUUGAGUAUGAUACAUGUGCUAAAGCCAACCAACCUCUGGGUGAAGUUGUGGAUUUGCUGAUGGUGUGUGCAGGGUAUGGUGGGAACAGCAAAGUCAGUGGUUGCCAUGGAGACAGUGGUGGGCCUCUAGUUUGUCAGGAUGAAUCUGGUCUAUGGACUCUUCGGGGUACAGUCAGCUGGGGGGAUCAUUAUUGCAAAGGAGGCCCAACCUACUCUGUGUUUGUAAGAAUCAAUAGUUAUGUCGAGUGGAUCAAAUGGAAGAUGACUUCACAACCUCUGCAACCACCACUAGGAUGUGUAGACACCCAUGACUACUGCAGCACUUGGGACAAAUACAACUUCUGUGAAAACUCCUACUUCGGCAAUAUGCUGAAAACCUUUUAUUGCAAGAAGACCUGCAAUGCCUGCUGAUGAGUUACGUCCACUCAGGCAUGUUCAACUUUUGACGAAAGAUGUUUCUGAAAGGAUUUUAUUUUAUUUUGCUUUUGGUUCAUGUUUCUUUGUAUUCCGAGUUAUACUAUGACAAUAAACAGAAAGGUUAUGCAGGGA